CACACACACACACACACACACACAGGACGCCUGGUUUUGGCAGCAAACAGAGGUGUGUGUGGUUGCUGUGGCAGUGAUGUUGUGCAAAAAAUAAGGUCACACCCCUGGGAGGUAGUUGAGAGUCUCACUCUCUCUCUCUCUCUCUCUCUCUCUCUCUCUCUCUCUCACACACACACACACACACACACAUACACACAAAGUAUAAUCCCUCAUCCUCUCUAUGCUCCCUCUACACCACCUUCUGUUAGUUUUUAACCUUUCCACCUCUCACUCAACCUCACACUGUUCUCUUAUAGCUAUCCAACAGAGAGAGAGAGAGAGAGAGAGAGAGAGAGAGAGAGAGAGAGAGAGAUAUGCAGCGACCGGUCUUCCUCAUGUGGGGGCGUGUGUGAGUGUGUCAGCCACCAAUAGCGUGUGUGUGUGUGUGUGUGUGUGUGUGUGUGUGUGUGUGAGAAAAACAGCAGCAUCAGGGAGAGAGGAAUCCGAGCAACAGCAGUGGAUAGCUGCAGCGUGUACACCAGCGUCUCCCACACACACACACACACACACACACGUAAGAAGGUGUGUGUAGGACGAGCAGACGCGAGGUGUGGAUGGUUCCAGAGCUGUGUGCUGAUGGGGAGGGGGCCGACGAGCAUCGAUAAGCAGAGCGAGUCGUUCCUUCUUCUCCUCCAGGAUACCAAAGAUGGACAUCUUCCUCUCUCCAGUCAUCCUCCUCUUCCUCACCCAUGUGUGUGAUGCCUCUGGGCUGCACAGUCACCGCCGCACAGCUGUCAGAGUGUGUGUGGAGGAAGAUCACGCUGCACGGUGCUGAGAAGAGGUGAUCCCUCUCUCUGUACUCGAAGAUGGAUGGCAGCGAGGACGAGUGUGUGCGCUUUUUGCACUACGUAGAGGACAUCGGCUUGAGGGCCUACGAUGAGCUGGUGAUCCAAAAUGCGUCAGACAUUGCACGCGAGAGCGACCGAGUGCGCAACCGCCAGCACUGGGCAUACCUCCAGGACCAGAGCCAGAAGAAAAGACGCCAGGAGGAGGCCAUCAAGAGGAUGGGCGAGGAGGUGGCUGGGGUGGCAGAUGGAGGGGCUUAUACGGGUAAACAUUUCCGCAUGGGCUUCAUGACGAUGCCGGCUCCACAGGACCGGCUUACGGCGCCGAGCGGGCCAGGUUUCACCGUACGCUCCCAGUCUCUGCACUCAGUGGGAGGCAGUGAGGAGGAAGGCGGUAGCCCGACCCUACGUAAACAGCCCCCGCCCAAACCCAAACGAGACCCCAACACCAAACUGAGCACCUCGUCUGAGACGGUCAACACCACCCUCACUGCAGGCAAGGAAGUGAGGGAGAUGGAUAAGAGUGAUGCGUCCAAGAGUCGUCCAUGCAGUGAGGAAUAUCGUCGCAUGCCUCCGCCCAAACCUAAGCGCAACCCCAACACUCAGCUCAGCACCUCCUUCGAUGAGUCCUACAUCCAAAACCAUGGCAUCAAAUUCAAGUCCGCGUCUUUGCCUCGGCGGCAGAAGAAGAAGUCAAUGUCCCAGAAUCAAAGCCCCGCCUUGGACACUGAUGAGGAAGCGGAGCCAGUCUACAUAGAGAUGGUGGGAAAUAUCCUACGUGACUUUAGCCACUUUACCGGGGGUAAUGCUGAUGAAGAGGACGAUCAGGGAGAGAGCGUGUAUGAGGAGAUGAAAUACCCCACCUAUGAAGAAGCUGCCCUAUCAACUGAGCAUGUCCAGGCACGCUGGGACCCAAGCCUAGCUCCUGCGGUUUCAGAUAUGGACUUAACGCGAUCAUCAGUCCCUCGUGGCUCACUUUGUGACAUACCUGCCCCCUUUCCUAACUUACUGACUCAUAGGCCUCCCCUGUUAGUGUUCCCCCCUGCACCCGCUCAAUGCUCUCCAAACUCUGAUGAAUCUCCCCUUACUCCGCUGGAUGUCACCAAACUUCCUAUGAUAGAGAACGUUGGGUAUGUCAAACCUGGUUCUUCCCCAACAACUGCUGAUUCUGGUCAACCCUUGCCAGCACAGCAGUCUUUGGGGCAACAACACCAUCACCAUCAUCAUCAUCACCAUCAUCAUCAUCACCAUAAGAAGUCAUUAGACAGUAAAGAUUCUUCAUCUACGCAUACAAUAACAGUGUCUGGACGUUCCUCGGCUCCACCUCUACCAUCAGCUCUAUACAAAAGUGGUGGUUCGUCAGCGGCUCAUGGUUAUCCUCGCAGCCACUCUGCAUGCCCAUCCCCUAUCAGCAUGGGCCGCUCUUUGACCCCCCUCACCCUCAAACGUCCACCACCAUACGACGCUCUGCUGACUGGCACGAUUCCCCGCAGUGCCUCCGGAGUGUCGCACGGCUCUCAUGAGAGCGGACGUCUUUCAAACUCCUCCAGCAUCUAUGGUGGAUCAAUGCAAAAUGUUUCCACUGCAUCAGGGGGAUCAGGGGGGUCUAGUUCAGGGUCAGGAGGCCGUGGAUGUCGAACACCAACCAGUCCACUGGACGAAUUCAGCAACUUGUUUUCCUCUAGCAAGAACAUGCUGAGGAAAGGCUCCGGAGGGUGCAAGAACAAGGAGUUCAGUGAGAUUGAAGGGAAGACCAGGAGCCACAGCAUUGACAGUAAAGAACGAGCUCUUCGUAGCUCCUCCCCAAAAGUGCAGGAUUGGGACACGCCCUCAGGACAAUGUGCCACGCCCACUCGUCUAGGCCGCUCCUCCAUCAGUCCCACCACCAUGCUGGGGAGUGGAAGCUCAGAACCGAAAGCUGCCUGUAAGCUCGGCCGUUCCGCCUCUACGUCGGGAGUGUCGUCUCCGGUAGGAACGCCCCAGAGACACGCCCCCGAGUCCUCAGCCAAUCAGAGCGGGAGCCCAUGCCAGAUGCCCCCAGUGCCGUGGGCAUGCGGGGACAACACCAUGAUGGAGAUGAUCGAGAAGAAACGGCAUCUUUGCAAGGAGAUCAAGGCGCGGCAGAAGCCAGACAAGGCCCUGUGCAAACAAGACAGCAUGCCCAUCCUCCCCAGCUGGAAAAAGACCAACGGGGGCAAAAAAUACGGCCCUCCACCCUACUCUGCCCAAACCACAGUCUUCUGGGACACAGCUAUCUAACACCAGGAAGUGAUUGAGGUAAAGCGGUAGUGAGGAAUAAUCAGCGUUCAGGCCUCCAGUCUGUAGACACCGGAAGACCGGAUGACGAGGGGGUGUGGCCGAACGGUGGCUGGUUUAGCCAAUAGGAAGCAAAGGGAAUUUAAUUGAAAUUCUGUAGCAAAUCAGCUUAAAUCUGAGGCGGGGGUUCAGAUUUAAGUGUCCUUGGUUUCUUAUCUCUGUUUGUAUUUCAUAUUUUUAUAUCGAAACAAAGGGAAACGAUGAGAAACGAUGCUUGGAGUCAUUCGAGGUUUUCUAAAUGAGAAAGUCGAGUGUAACAAUUUAGCCAUGCGAUGAUAUGAUAUGCAUCCCCUCACAGAUGGAAUUUUCUUCUGUUCCUAUUCUUUUCCUUCCUCCUUUUUUCUUUUUUUUCUAAUGUUUUUAUGUUACAUCAACG